AUGGGGGAUGACGGUAGCGGGUCAUCUCGCACUGGUGCCCGGUCAGAGCUGCACGGCACCGACAUUCAACACUCAGGCUCCGGCAAUUUCAGCGCUCACAACAUCUACAUUGAGCCGAGCCUGCAGAAGACGUAUCUGGUCAUCGACGCGCUCGACGAAUGCGAAAGGAACCGCAAUCAGCUUCUAUACCUGAUCGUCCAAGCGUCAUCGUCGUCACGCGCGAGGCUGGUUGUGUCUAGCCGCAACUGGCCAGACAUUGCGGAUGCCUUGGCCGAUGCUACGCGUAAGAUUCGGCUCUGCUUAGAGCUGAACGAAGAGUCCAUCUCAGUCGCCGUCGGUAAUUACACACGGUAUAAGGUGGAUCAGCUGGUGCGGUCAAAGAAAUACGACUGUGAAACACGAGAUGCUGUCCAGCAGCACUUGACGUCGAACGCAAACGACACGUUCCUAUGGGUAGCAUUGGUCUGCCAAGAGCUUGCAGAUCCGAAGGUCCGGAGAUGGCACACCCGCGGCAAGCUGCUCUCGUUCCCACCUGGGCUCGAUGCACUAUAUAAACGCAUGAUGGACCGCGUUUUCAACUCGGACGAUGUCGAUAUCUGCAGAGAGGUGCUCCGCCUCGUGUCGGUUACCCACCGCCCGCUCCGCCUGGUGGAACUAGCCUCUCUUGCCGACUCUCUAGAGGACUAUGCUGAAGAUGCCGUCUCCCUGGAGGAGAUUGUCGCUACCUGUGGGCCUUUGCUGACUCUCCGGAAUGGGGUUGUCUACUUUGUGCAUCAGUCGGCCAAAGACUUUCUGCUCAAGAACGAAUCCAGGAUAUACCCAGAUGGCGUUGCACGAGAACACCGUACUAUCGCCUUGAAAUCUAUUCAUGUUAUGUCGAGAACACUUCGACGUGACAUAUACAACCUGCGCGCCCCAGAUUUUCCCAUCCAACAAGUCAAACCACUCGACCCGGAUCUACUCGCACCAGCUCGGUAUUCAUGCGUCUACUGGGUCUACCACCUGGCGGACGGGGCCCUUUACGGACAAGAACAGGACAUCGGACUAGUUUAUGCUUUUAUGAAACAGCACUAUCUUCACUGGCUGGAAGCACUCAGCCUUCUGGAUAGCAUGUCUGAGGGUAUCCUCCAGAUGUCCAAGUUGGCAAAUCUACCCGAGGUGUAUGCCUCCGCACUUAUCUUCACACCCAGGCGUAGCAUCGUCAGGCAGCUGUUUCGUCACGAGGAGCCUGCAUGGUUGGUGACGAAGCCAGAUAUGGAAGAUGAGUGGAAUUCCUGCCUUCAGACACUCGAGGGCCAUGCCGAUGCCGUCACUCCAGUAGCCUUCUCAGGCAAUAGAAAGCAGCUAGCUUCAGCAUCAGACGACUGCACUAUUAAGCUCUGGGACCUUACGGCAGGUCAGUAUCUUCAGACACUUGAGGGCUAUAGUGAUGAAGUCACAUCGUGGGACACCACUAUAAAGGUCUGGGAUGCAACAGGCCAGUGUCUUCAGACACUUGAGGGCCGUAGUGAUGGAGUCACCUCAGUUGUCUUCUCAAGUGAUGGUAUGCGACUGGCUUCUGCAUCGUGGGACACUAUAAAGAUAUGGGAUGUCGCAACCGGUCAGUGUCUCCAGAUAGUGGAAUGGCCGACUAGGGUUUGCGGUAUGUUUCUUUCAGCCACUGGUGCACAACUCCGUGUUGGAGAAUAG